CAUACAACCUGGAGCAACCAUCGUGAAGCAAAAUACACGAACGCUCCACAGUUACAAUCUGUUUAAAUAUAUCAUAUAGCAUAACUUAAUCAUGGCUGAGGGGCCUGUGAACGUGGUGCUUGGCGCGGGAGGCCGGACAGGCCUGGAAUGCGUCAAAAGGCUCGUCGAUGUCAGCGACAUACCAACGCGCGCAGUCGUCCGCGACCCUUCCAAGCUGGAGAGCAUUCUGGCAAAGUCAGCAAAGCUCCAGAUUGUCAAGGGGGACGUGGGGAAUGAGGCCAGCCUGCGCGAGGUGCUCAAGGGCGCUCGCGGCGUCAUCUUCGCCGCAGCCGGUAGGGGCUACUGGAGUGCGGCCGAUGUGGACUUCAAGGGCGUGGAGCGGGCGGCGGCGGUGUGUAAGGAGGUGGGCGCGCAGCGGCUGGUGCUGGUGUCUUCCAUGCUAGUCACGAAGAAGAACUGGCUCAACCCGGUCCGCCUGCUGCUCAACAACAUCCGCUGGGGCCUCAUGGACAACAAGCUCAAAGGCGAGGACGCGCUGCGGGCCAGCGGCCAGCCUUACACUGUGGUGCGGCCGAGCGGCCUGGCCAGCGGCCUGCCUGGAGACGUCACCUUCGUCACCGGCCAGGGCGACACCAUGGCUGCCGGCAGCACCAUCAACCGCGCCGACCUGGCAGCGGUGUGUGCUGAGGCGCUCACAAACCCCGGAGCGCGAAAUGUUACGUUUGAGAUCGUGGCGCGGGAGGGCGCGCCGCCCGGCGGCUACGAGGCUCAGCUGAAGAGCAUGUGGGCGUCGCUGCAGCAGGAUGCGUAAAGCCAGGUUAGGUGUGGGGUAGCUGUGGAGCAGUGCUGGAGCGGAGGAGGAGAGGGGCA